AUGGCAGCAACAUCAGCAACUAGUUUGUCAAUUGGAGCAACUGCAUCACUUAAUACUAAGCUCAACUUGUUUUCCCAGUCAAAGUCUACUAGCCUAAGAAUCAAUUCACAAGAGAAGCUUCAGAGCUUCUGUGGCCUCAAGGCAGAUUCAUCCCUUCGUUGUGACUCAGAGUCGUCUUUCCUAGGGAAACAGAGCAGCGCUGCCCUAUGGCGUCAUCUUGCUCCUUCAGUACAAAGAGCGAACCUGAAUUUAUGCAAAAAUCUUCAACCUCAAGCCUCUUACAAAGUUGCUGUUCUUGGAGCUGCUGGAGGAAUAGGUCAGCCUCUGGCCUAUAACCACUAA